CCCACGGCCCCCACGGGCUACCCCUCUUCCUCUUCCUUCACUCACCCCACCUCGUUACCUACGUGGCCGACCCAAAUUCAAAACAUUUUGUGUAUAUAUAAUUUUUUUUCUUUUCUACUACGUCUUUUUUUGGGGGGAUCCUCUCUAGAUCCCCAUAAGCGGACCUGCCAUACGGAGGAGGCAUUUGGGGGCUCAGGAAGAAAUUAGCGCAGCUCCAUACCUGUACGGACUGCAUAGCUUUUAAACUCCUGGACUCAAAGAUAAGGAUCCACAUACACACAGGUACAGGAAAUACAGCCAGACCAAAGCCUUUUAAGACCCGAGCUGACCGGAAGACGUUGCCUUUCAUUCAUUCACUCUGCCCGCGUCUGUGGAGUCCUUUACUAGGCGACAAACCCUGCAAGAGAAGUUGGACAUUUUUUAAAGGUCCCUGCGCUCGCCAAGCGGAGGAAAUAGAUGCUCAGGAGUGAACUACCGAGAGAAUCGGAUCUGGCGCCUCCUAACGCAGCUGGCAAACAUGCGAAGGACCUUGAGUCACCUUGUUCCAAGGGGGAAACGGGCUUCAGGAGGCGCCCAGAGGUGACUUCAGGUGGCGCGACCCAGGAGUCCGAGCUCUGGAAGAAGGGCCACUGGAGCAGCUGUGGAGAUGUGAGGCGCCGGCAGCAGGAGAGCCGUGAGGCCCGGGCGCUGGGGCACUUCCAGGAAGAGGCGCGGACGCUGACGGCGCGGGGCCAGGGACUGUGGGCGGUACCGUCCGAUGGAACGAGUCACCUGACUCGUGCAGGCCACGCCCACCCCCUCGUGGGCGGGGAGCAUGCAAAUCAGCACGCGGCGGCGGCCAAUCGUGGUGCGCGCCGGGGGUCCGGGGCCCAGGGAUCCGGGACGCUGCCUCGCGCGCAGGCUUUCGUCUCUGCAGACCCGGGCUUUUGCAAGCGGCGUGGCGGGCUUGCGAGCUUGUGCUGUAGUCGCUUCCUCGACCUUCUCGUCUUUAGCGGCCGGCCGGGUCAGGCCGGACCCGCGCAGGGGCCCAGGCGGCGGCUGCCUCAGCCGGAGGCGGAGGCGGAGGUGCGGGGGGGGGUGGGGGCCGCUGCCUUCGCAGGCGCCUGGGCCGGCCCGCGCCUUUUCAGCGUGCUCCAUGCAUCCGGAGCCCGCCCCGCCCCCGAGCAGCAACAGCCCUGAGCUUCCCCUCAGCUGCGGCAACACUACCAGCGGCAGCCGCCGGAGCCGCCGGCGCAGCGGGGACGGGGAGCCCCCGGGGUCGCCGUCGCCCCCGCCGCCCGCCGUGACCUACCCGGACUGGAUCGGCCAGAGUUACUCGGAGGUGAUGAGCCUAAACGAGCACUCCAUGCAGGCGCUGUCCUGGCGCAAGCUCUACUUGAGCCGCGCCAAGCUCAAAGCCUCCAGCCGGACUUCGGCUCUGCUCUCCGGCUUCGCCAUGGUGGCGAUGGUGGAGGUGCAGCUGGACGCUGACCACGACUACCCGCCGGGGCUGCUCAUCGCCUUCAGUGCCUGCACCACGGUGCUGGUGGCCGUGCACCUGUUUGCGCUCAUGAUCAGCACCUGCAUCCUGCCCAAUAUUGAGGCGGUGAGCAACGUGCACAACCUCAACUCGGUCAAAGAGUCGCCCCACGAGCGCAUGCACCGCCACAUCGAGCUGGCCUGGGCCUUCUCCACUGUCAUCGGCACGCUGCUCUUCCUGGCUGAGGUCGUGCUGCUCUGCUGGGUCAAGUUCUUGCCUCUCAAGAAACAGCCGGGUCAGGUGCGGCCCACCAGCAAGCCCCCGGCCAGCGGCGCAGCCGCCAACGUCAGCGGCAGCACCGGCGGCAUCACCCCAGGACAGGCCGCCGCCAUCGCCUCCACCACCAUUAUGGUGCCCUUCGGCCUGAUCUUUAUCGUCUUUGCUGUCCACUUCUACCGCUCACUGGUCAGCCAUAAGACGGACCGACAGUUCCAGGAGCUCAAUGAGCUGGCCGAGUUUGCCCGCCUGCAGGACCAGCUGGACCACAGAGGGGACCACCCCCUGACCCCCGGCAGCCACUAUGCCUAAGCCCUCCUGGGCUGGGCACUUCGGAGCUUUGGCCUUACGCCCUUCCCCACGACCUUGUCCCGGCCCAGCCUCAAGGACAGCCCGUAUAGGGGGCUGGGCUUUUGUCAGGGGGCAGAGAGUGGAGGGAAGAGGCUUUUUUUUAAAGAGAAAUUACUGCACUUUGAAACUUUCCUCUAAGAGAAUAAGCACUUCCUGUUCUUCCAGCUCCAGGUUCACCUCCUGUUCUGAAGCCACCGGUGGGAGCCAGAGAGGGGACAAACGCUCCCUUUGUCCCUCCUCCUCCCCUGUGCCAGUGCCACCUGGGUGCCUCCUGUCCUUUCCGUCUUGACCCCCCUCCCCGUUCAGUGUCGAUUGUGUGCGUGUGUGUGCGUGUGCGAACGCAGAAAUAUACUCAUAAGGGACACCUCCUCUUGUGUCUGUAUUUGUUGGGUCUGGACUGCCUGGUAUUUUCUCCUGGUGCCCCAAUAGGUGAGCCUCUAAACAAAAAAAUUUUUUUCAACAUUUUGGGAAAUUUCAAACCUACCCCCAAAAGUUCCAUGAAGAGUAACUGAAAUAUAUAUACAGUCAGUUCUUAUUCGCAGUGGUUCUGUUCUAUAGUCACAGAACACUGAAUUAGUAUUUCUCCUAAGAGAAAUAUGGGGUUAUGUUCCUGCAAGCCUCUGGUCACAACAUUUUUGUCAACCAAUCAAUACACAGCCUUGUGUUUUGUGUGUUUCUUUUUAAAGACGCCUUAAUAUGUUAUAUAUAACAUUGAACUUACACGCUAUUGCUAUCACAACAGCACUAUCACUCACUUGUGACUGAAACUUACAUAACACACAUUUUCUCCGUAAGGCACAUCACAGCCUUCCUGUGCUCUGAACACUAGACAGCACUUCAUUGUUACCCUUGGGGACCAUCUUAAUUAGUGAAAUCACCAACAAAAAGCACCAAAAUGUGAAAAACGUAGCACUAAAUAGACUGUGAAAAGGAUACUUGUUUACAGCAUGAGCUGAAAGAAGGCAGAGGGUCACCUUGUUUGACCUCAGCAAGUAGGCAAAUUUGCAAAUACUGAAAGUGUGAGUAAUGAGAAUGACAGUAUGUUUUCUCCCUGAGCCAUAUGCAUUAGUUACAGAUUUCUUCCUUAAACCAAGGACAUUCCUCUACAGAACCACAAUUCGAUGAUCAAAUUCAGGAAAUUUGACAUUGAUGCGAUACUAUUAUCUAAUACAACAACAUUCAUUUUCAGUUUCCCUCUUUGUCCUAAUCAUGUCCUUUCUUGUAGUGAUUUUUCCAUCCAGGAUCAUGCACUGCAUUGGGUUGUCAUGUCUCUUUAGUCACCUUUUAUUUGGGACAGCCUUUCUUUGUCCUUUGUAAUAUCAACAUUUUUGAAGAGUCUGAGCCAGUGUUUUGUUUUUUUUUAACAUCUUUAUUGGAGUAUAAUUGCUUUACAAUGGUGUGUUACUUUCUGUUUUAUAACAAAGUGAAUCAGUUAUACAUAUACAUAUGUUCCCAUAUCUCUUCCCUCUUGCGUCUCCCUCCCUCCCACCCCUCCAGGCGGUCACAAAGCACUGAGCUGAUCUCCCUGUGCUAUGCGUGAGCCAGUGGUUUUGUAGAAUGCUGCCUCUGUCUUGUUUCUCUGAUAUUUCCUCAUCUGUAUGAUCAGGUUAUGCAUUUUGGGAGGAAUUUUUUCUCCAUUUUGCAGAUGACAAAAAUUGAUGUCCAAAGAGGAUGUUUUCGAGCCUGGAAAUCUGGCUCAGAGCCUAGACACUCAAAAAAUCUUACGUAGACUGAUUCUGGCUUUGCUUAAGAAAUCGGAAGAUCCAGCAGCAGCAUUACUGGGCCUGCCUUCUUGCAGAGCAACAAUGAACAGGAGCUGAGUUGCAGCUACCUCUUACCCAGGAGAUGUAUUUGCCACAGUCCCCACCACUCCCUAUUGUAUGACACCAGCCCAGCUUCAUAUGUUACUCACCUGGCCCCAGAGGGCAUUUGUGUUUGACAGCUCAUUCUGUCCCAUAAACCUGAUACAGAAAGUGGUUUUAUAAAAACACAAGUGCUCUGGCUGAAGUGAGAGUUGGUUGUGGGAAAGUGUGGCCUUAAGCUUUUGUCCUUCUGUGCAGACUUGGACAUGGCCACAGCAGCUUGGUGGGCUGAGUGGAGGAGGGGGACCCCUUUAUCCUACUGCAGCUUGCCUCUGUCCUGCAUGAUAUACACCAGGACCCACCCCUCCCCUGUCCCCAGAAGGCCCUCUGACUGGGACCGAGUAGGGUGGGGCAGGUGCCCCUGUGUGAAAAUCUCCACUGCUCGCCAGAGAAAACCUAGGCAUCUUUCAUCCUUCCCCUAAGAUACCCACCUCCCUGCUUCUGCAGAGACCUGGGUAGAUAAUACAUUCAUAGGUUCCAAACACAGCAGUGAAAAAUUGCUGUCCCUCCCCUGUUCCCAGGUUCCCAAUUCUCCCCAGAGACAACCAUUGUUGCCAGUUUAUUUUGUUCCCAUCUAGACAUUUUAUACAUAAACAAGUACACAUCCUACCUUUUCUGAAAAAAUGGUAGUUUUCUAUACGCACUGCCACUGUUCUCACCUUAAGAGCAGACAGGCCUAAGUUUAAGCACAGUCACUUUCUAGUUUGGUGACUUGUGAGCCUCCCUGAACCUCAGUUUCCUCCUCUAAAAUGACACGAAUAAUAGCAGGACACCUCAUAGGUUGUUGAAGGGUCAUGGGAGA